GUCCGUCCCCGCCCCCACACGGAAGGCUGGGGCGGUGCCUGGACUCCAUACCCUCCCGCCACCGUCGCGGCACCAUGGCUGCUCCCGCUCCGCUGCGCGACUGCCAGGCCUGGAAGGAUGCAGGGCUCCCACUCUCAACCACAAGCAACGAGGCCUGCAAGCUGUUUGAUGCUACCCUGACCCAGUAUGUAAAAUGGACCAACGACAAAAGUCUUGGUGGCAUUGAGGGCUGCCUGUCAAAGCUCAAAGCUGCAGAUCCAACCUUCGCGCUGGGUCACGCCAUCUCGAAUGGCCUCGUGCUGAUCGGCACUGGGAGCUCUGUGAGGCUGGACGGGGAGCUGGACUUGGCCGUGAAGACUAUGGUGGAGGUUUCCCAAACACAGCCCCUGACACAGCGGGAGCGGCUGCACGUGUCUGCAGUGGAGACCUUUGCCAAGGGGAACUUUUCCAGAGCCUGUGAACUAUGGGAACAGAUUCUCUGCGACCACCCAACAGACAUGUUAGCCCUAAAAUUUUCCCACGAUGCCUAUUUUUACCUGGGCUACCAGGAACAGAUGCGAGAUUCUGUGGCUCGAAUUUACCCCUUCUGGACACCCAGCAUCCCCCUGAGCAGCUACGUGAAAGGCAUCUAUUCUUUUGGAUUGAUGGAAACCAACUUCUACGAUAAGGCAGAGAAGCUGGCCAAAGAGGCUUUAUCUAUUAACCCCAUGGACGCCUGGUCGGUGCACACCAUUGCCCACAUUCAUGAGAUGAAAGCAGAAAUCAAGGAUGGAUUGGAGUUCAUGCAGCACUCAGAAACCCACUGGAAGGACUCUGAUAUGCUUGCUUGUCAUAAUUAUUGGCACUGGGCUCUGUAUCUGAUUGAAAAGGGCGAAUACGAGGCCGCCUUGACCAUUUACGAUAACCACGUCCUCCCCAGCUUGAAGGCCAGCGGAGCGAUGCUGGAUGUGGUGGACAGCUGCUCCAUGCUCUACCGGCUGCAGAUGGAAGGGGUGUCCGUGGGUGAGCGGUGGCAGGACAUCCUGCCUGUGACCCAGAAGCACAGCCGUGACCACAUCCUGCUGUUCAACGACGCACACUUCCUGAUGGCAUCCCUGGGAGCUCGGGACCCCCAGACCACGCAGGAGCUCCUGACCACCCUGCAGGACGCCAGCGAGGCCCCCGGGGAGAACCACCAGCACCUCCUGGCCCGUGAUGUGGGGCUGCCCCUGUGCCAGGCCCUGGUGGAGGCCGAGAACGGGAACCCUGAUCGCGUGCUGGAACUGCUCCUGCCCAUCCGCUACCGGAUCGUCCAGAUCGGAGGCAGCAACGCGCAGAGAGACGUCUUCAACCAGCUGCUGAUCCACGCAGCCUUGAACUGCAUGUCAGGUGUCCACAAGAACGUGGCGCGGAGCCUUCUGAUGGAACGUGACGCCUUGAAGCCCAACUCACCCCUGACCCAGCGGCUCAUCCGAAAGGCCGCUGCUGUCCACCUCCUGCAGUGAGCUGGGCCUGGCCCCCUCCCCAGUGUCAGAUCAGUUGCCCCCUGACUCCCAGGGUUAGAAGCAGCUAGAGCCUGUUAGUUAGGGCUGUUGAGUAAUUUGCAGCUUUAAGCAGAAAGCCCUGUAACCAGCAGCGUUACCAGAAGCAGGGACACAGAUCAAUUUUAGACAUGAUUCAGAAUCUUGUCAUCCUUCUUAAGGGUCAAGGUACAGUUACGAGCAGUUAGAACCGAUGUGGUCAGUGCUGUUACCACUUGCCUAGCAAACUGUUCUCCCGGGGGACUCUUACACCUCCUGGUGUUCAAGAGUUAGAAGGCAGGGUUGGCUGGGGGCUGGCUCAGCUGGGGGAGGGGAGUCCUCCCCCCGAGGCUGCCCCUGGGAUAAACCCUCUCCUUUUGUCUUCCCCAUCAUAUUCUGGAUAUGUUGUCCCAUCUUUUGGGUGAGAGCACCCAUGGGGGGAAGCGACUUGCCCAGGGUCACAGCUAGCAGAGGCCCUGCUGAGAUUCACCUUGGAUCCCCCAGCUGCUGCACCCACUGCCCCCAAAGAAGCACAGGCAUAUGGGGUGGCCUUCUGCUGUCUCUGGAGAGGUCUGCGAGCUUCCCUGGGGGGCUUUGAUGAUGCCGAUUAAGGGAACCUCGGGUAUGUGGUUUCCUUUGUCAACUAUGACUUUAAUCACACGAGUGCACAUGCACUAGGCAGGCACACUUUCUGGGGGGUGUGAAUUGAGCUCAGGGUCGCCCUGUUGUGGCAAAAACCAAAGUACUGUGGCAUGGAGCUUUACUGAGAUCUGAGCCAGUUUUCUAUUUCCCCAUCUUCUUAACCUAGCCCCAAUGACAGGCCUGAGCAAGCUGCUGAUUUCCCUGGCAUGCCCUCAUGAGGGGCGAUCCCAGCCCCUAGAUGUUUCUCAGGUUCUGUCAGUGUAGCUGAAAUUAGGUAGGGACUCAGGCAGGGGGCAGUGGAGGCCUCCAAAUUGAUUA